AGAGAAGCCAUAUCAAUGUGAUAUUUGUGGUAAAUCAUUCUCUAGAAAUGGAUAUUUAGGUAUUCACAAACGUAUUCAUACAGGAGAGAAGCCAUAUCAAUGUGAUAUCUGUGGUGAAUCAUUUUCUUGGGGAACUAACUUAAUUAACCAUAAACGUAUACAUACAGGAGAGAAACCAUUCCAGUGUGAUAUCUGUGGCAGAUCAUUUUCCGAUCCAGGCAGCUUAACUGUACACAAGCGUAUUCACACAGGCAAAAGACCAUGUCACUGUGAUAUCUGUGGUAAAUCUUUUUAUGCACGUAGUGCCUUAACUACUCACAAACGCUUUCAUACAGGAGAAAAGCCAUUUAACUGUGAUAUCUGUGGUAAAUCUUUUUCUGUAAAUAGUGCCUUAACAACACACAAACGCAUUCAUACAGGAGAGAAGCCAUAUCACUGUGAUAUCUGUGGUAAAUCAUUCUCUGAAACUGGUCAUUUAACAACACACAAACGCAUUCAUACAGGAGAAAAGCCAUAUCACUGUGAUAUCUGUGGUAAAUCUUUUUCUGCAAGUAGUGCCUUAACUAUUCACAAACGCUUUCAUACAGGAGAAAAACCAUUCAACUGUGAUAUCUGUGGUAAAUCAUUCUCUCAUAAAGGUAACUUAACUACUCACAAACGCAUUCAUACUCAAGAGAAACUGUAUCACUGUGAUAUCUGUGGUAAUUCUUUCUCUCAAAGAAGUACCUUAACUAACCACAAACGUAUUCAUACAGGAGAGAAGCCAUACCAGUGUGAUAUCUGUGAUAUUUCAUUCUCUCAUAGAAGUAAUUUAGCCAUACACAACAAACAUAUUCACAAGGGAGAGAAACUAUAUCAUUGUGAUAUCUGUGGUAAGGCCUUCUCUCGAGCAACUGAGUUAACCGUUCACAAACGUAUUCAUACAGGAGAAAAACCAUAUCAGUGUGAUAUCUGUGGUAAAUCAUUCUCUGCAGGGGGUAACUUAACCAGACAUCGGCAUAUUCAUAGAGGAGAGAAGCCAUAUCACUGUGAUAUCUGUGGUAAAUUAUUCUCUGAACAAAGUACAUUAACUAUGCAUAAGAGACAUAUUCAUACAGGAGAGAGUCCAUUUUACUGUGAUAUCUGUGGUAAAUCAUUCUCGGCAAAAAAUGUCUUAACUACUCAUAAGCGUAUUCAUACAGGCGAGAAGCCAUAUUGCUGUGAUAUCUGUGGUAAAUCAUUUGCUGUAACAGGUCAGUUAACUGCUCACAAAUAUACUCAUACAGGGGAGAAACCUUAUGACUGUGAUACCUGUGGUAAAUCAUUCUCUGCAAGAUGUAACUUAAAUACUCACAAACGCAUUCAUACAGGAGAGAAGCCGUAUCACUGUGACGUCUGUGGUAAAUCCUUCUCUGGAAAUUGUGUUUUAACUAAACACAAACGUAUUCAUACAGGAGAGAAACCAUAUCACUGUGAUAUAUGCAGUAAAUCAUUCUCCCAAAGAUAUACCUUAACGAGCCACAUGCAAAUUCACACAGGUGAGAAACCAUAUCAAUGUGACACCUGUGGUAAAUCAUUUUCUCGUGGAAGCACCUUGACUACACACAACAGACAUAUUCAUAAAGGAGAGAAACCAUAUCAUUGUGAUAUUUGUAGUAAGUCUUUCUGUCAGAAAACUGAGUUAACUACUCAUAAACGUAUUCAUACAGGAGAAAAACCAUAUCACUGUGAUAUCUGUGGUAUAUCCUUCUCUACAAGGAGUAACUUAACUAGACACAGAUCUAUUCAUACAGGAGAGAAGCCAUAUCACUGUGAUAUCUGUGGUAAAUCAUUCUCUGAACGAGGUACUUUGACUAAACACAACAGACAUGUCCAUACAGGAGAUAAUACAUACCUGUGUGAUACCUGUGGUAAAUCAUUCCCUGCAAGAAGUAACUUGACUACUCAUCAACGCAUUCAUACAGGUGAGAAGCCAUACCACUGCGAUAUCUGUGGUAAAUUAUUCUCUGUAAUAGGCAACUUAACUGCUCACAAAUAUAUUCAUACAGGGGAGAAGCCCUAUCAGUGUGAUAUCUGUGGUAAAUCAUUCUCUGCGAGAUGUAACUUAAAUACUCACAAACGCAUUCAUACAGGAGAGAAGCCAUACCACUGUGACAUCUGUGCUAAAUCAUUCACUGGGAGCGGUGACUUAACUAAACACAAACGCAUUCAUUCAUGAGGUGCACUAUACUACUGCAAUCAUCAUCAUCGUUUAUCGUCAGUUUUCCAUGCUAGCAUGGGUUGGACAGUUCGACCAGGGAUCUGGGAAGCCAGAAGGCUGCGCCAGGCUUUAGUCUGAUCUGGCAAUGUUUCUA